AUGGAACUACAUGUAUCCCUCAAGGAAACUAUAACUCUUCGGCCAUCUGAAGAGGUUGCAAGACAAACUAUUGAGCUUUCUGGCCUGGACAGAAUUUCACCAGCAAUUCUUUACACUAUACUCUUCUUUAAGUCUUCGUCGACUGAAAAAUCAUCUCAUCUUGCUGAUGAGGUUUUUGAGAGAGCCAAGAAAUCUCUAGCUAAGAUGCUGGUUUCAUGGUUUCCUGCAGCUGGAAGAUUUAAGAUAAAUGAAGCAACAGGAAAACUGGAGAUUGAUUGCAAUAACGAAGGUGUUAUUAUGGUCACUGCUGAAACUGAUUCAACACUUGAUGAACUUGGUAAAUUAUAUGAAUACAAGCCUAGCUAUGAGAAGCUUGUUCCUCAGCUGCCUCAUGCUGAUGGUAUCUCUAAGAAUCCACUAGUUGUGGUGCAGAUCACAAGUUUUGCUUGUGGAGGGUUUUCCGUAGGCUUCGGUAGCAGCCAUGCUCUGUUUGAUGGUGCAGGAGCAUUUAACUUUUUGGCAUCAUGGGCUCAUAUAUCCUGUGGCAGAGAUGUCUCUGAAUCGUCUUUGCCAAACCAUUCAAGGGAUGCUCUUUUAAAGACUGUUUAUACCAAUAAUUCAUUCCCUCCAUCGACUUCAAUAAGUGAACAAAAGCAUAUUGUAGCCAUUCAAGAUCUAUGCAACAUACCUAUGCAAGGCAUGGCAUCUGAUGAUCGAUGUUGGGAAGCAGCUCUUUCUAAAUUUACUCAAUUUGAUCCAAAAGAUGGACUUCAACUCAUGACUCUAAGCAUCACCAAGGAAUUUGUGGAGUCACUGAAGAGACUAGCAGUUGAACGAGGCAAACUCACAAGAUGUUCAACCUUUGAUGCUCUUUGUGCACUAAUAUGGAAGGCAAGAGUAAAGGCCCUUGGUCUACGCCCAGAUGCAAACAUAUGCUUGCAAUUCCCAGUAGAUUCUCGAGCCAGAUUUCAACCACCACUUGGAGAAAACUUCACGGGGAAUGCCUUUGUUCUAGCUUCAGUCUCAUGCAUGGUUAAAACCAUACUAGAAGAAUCACUUGAUGAGACUGUUUUGAAGAUUCAAGAAGCAAAAGAUGCCAUCAAAGAUGAAUAUAUCAAGCUCUAUGCAACAGCACUGGAGUCCUCAGAUAAGUUUUUCCCAUCAAUGAAAGAGCUCACGAUAGUUACUGAUUGGAUGAAAUAUUCCUUUGAUGCACUUGUUUUUGGAUGGGGACAAGUUUCUAGUGUAGCUCUUUUGGCCACCCCAGUACCAGAGACUGCUUUUCUUAUGUUAAAUCUUGAAGAGCCUGGAGGAUUUCUUCUAAGGAUGGGAAUUGGAGAAGAAGAAGCACCAAAUUUUGUCGACUUCUUCUACAAUUUCAGCCAAUGA